GCCGGAGUUAUUUGGUUAUAUAAGUAAUUUCUUUUCGCAAAUCAUUGCCGAAAAUAGUUGAUAUUUUUCACAGAAACACGGCUUUAAUAACAAACUCUGAAAUACUUUCCACAGUUAUCAGUAACCUAUUGUGUAAAAACUUGUCUGCCAACUUUCUAUUAUACACCGUAUCACAAGGCCAAUAUAUUCGACAGUUUGUUAGAUUACAUGGAACUUCUACUGUUUCAUUGGCAUUUAUUCUCUUGGUUUCUUUGGUUGAUUGCAUUUUAAUUAAUACAUAUCCGAUAAAUUACGCUAAGGAUUAACAUCAAUUAGUUUUUGUCGAAAAACAAGGAUUCUAAUUUAUUAUAUAAUGUCAGAUCGAAGUGAAAACCUGAACAAGAGUUCAGCAGUGGAAUUAGAUCCUAAUAAAUCUUCAGAGUUCCAGCUAACCAAAUAUUCAACCCUUCGAGGAUGAGGUUGCAAAGUCCCACAAGUUGUUUUAGACAACAUCUUGAUGGGACUUAAAUCACAAGAAGAAAACAGUGCUCAAGAAUGCCCGAAGGAAGGAAGCAAAGAUCACCAACUAGAAACUAAACCUCCAAGUUUUCAUAAAAUUGGUGUGGGUUUAGAUUCAUCUAUAAUUCCUAUUAGAAACAAUUUAGCCUUGGUUCAGACAACUGAUUUUUUUUACCCUUUAAUUGAUGAUCCGUUUGUUAUGGGACAGAUUGCUUGUGCUAAUGUUUUGAGCGAUUUAUAUGCCAUUGGUGUAAGAUACUGUGAUAACAUGAUGAUGAUUCUUGGAGUGCCUGAUAAUAUGGAUGAGAAAGAAAGAGAAACUGUAAUUCCAUUAAUAAUUGAAGGGUUUAAAUGCACAGCUCAGGAAGCAGGUAGUAAAAUUUCAGGAGGAGAUACCAGAAUUAGUGCUUGUUGUAUAAUCGGAGGGACUGCAACUUCAGUAUGUGAAAUCACAGAAAUAAUUAUGCCUGACAAUGCAAUUAUUGGUGACGCCAUAAUAUUAACAAAACCUUUGGGAACACAAGCAGCAACUAUGAUUUAUACCUGGCUUGAAAAUAAAAAUAAAUGGAAAAAUAUCUGUGCUGUUAUAACAAAAGAUGAAGCAAAAUGGGCUUUUCAAAGGGCCGUCAAGUCGAUGGUUCAACUUAAUAAAAUUGCUGCAAGUUUAAUGCAUGAGUUCAAAGCUCAUGCUGCGACUGAUGUUACUGGUUUCGGUUUACUUGGCCAUGCUAAAAACUUAGCUAGACAUCAAAAGAAUCUAGUACAAUUUAAAAUCCACACUCUUCCAAUAAUAAAUAAAAUGCUUGAUGUGGAUCGACAACUAAAUAAACAAUUCCACUUAGAAGAUGGUAAAAAUAUUGAAACUUCAGGGGGCUUACUGAUAUGCUUACCACUCAAAGCUGCUGAUGGGUUUUGUAAAAAAUUUAAAAAUUUAUUAGGCUGUAAUGCUUGGGUUGUUGGAACAGUGGUAGAAGGUGAAAGAACAGCUUCAAUAAGUGAUGAUCCAACUAUAAUUAAUGUCACAGAUUAAAUUUUUUCUAUCAAAAAAAAUAAUGAUAUAAAUAUUAAUGGUGGUAGAUGAAAGAACGCCUUCUUCUCUAGGUAUUGAUACAAUUUUUGUUUUAUUAAAAUCAAAUUAAUAAGACCAGUUUAUGCGUAACAAGAUUUUAUGACUCAAUACAUGAAAGCCUUAACGAUUGGUUGUUGUAUUGAUGAUGUUAUUAAUGUUACCAUCCUACUAUUAGUUUGAUAUUGUUAGCAGAAUCAUAAAACAUUUGUUUAUAGCUCAAUAAAAAUUAUUUAUUACAUUGUUA